CUAUGUUAUUUUAAUCGGUGAUAUGAGGAAACGUAAAUCGUCGUUACAGCCAGUCAAACAUUUUUAAACUGGAGUCGUAUGGAACAUUAAUGUCAUGAGUCGCAAAACUAAUGGAAAGUUGGCAGCAGCUGUUCAGAUGUCAAUACGUUCAAUUUCUCGGCUGGUAAAUGUGUCCUUUAGUAAAUACGAUUUUCAUUGGAAUAAACCUAAUUACAGUUAUUUAUAUACAUUCGGCGUUAAGAGUGCAAUGGCCGUGACAGAAUUUCCAAAAACCCUACGUGAAUUUGGUUACGACUUCGAUGCAGAUGGUAAACUUCGAAAACUGGAUCAAUCCACUGGACUGACUACUCGAGAAGGUUUUGAAUUUAAUGUCAGUGAAGAUUUGCAAUAUAAUCAAAAAAGAUACGAAGCACUUGGUGAGGUACUCAACGAGUACGUUUAUGGAUUGCUGGAAAAGGAAGGCUUGAAAAGAUUGCCGGUACCAAAAGAUGGAAGCAGCGACACGAUUUUGAAAUCUUUUGUCUUCUGUAGUGACGGAGCGCUGGAGAAUGAUAAGUUAAUAAUAAUUAUUCAUGGCAGCGGAGUGGUCAGGGCUGGACAGUGGGCAAGACGUUUAAUAAUAAACGAUAAUUUGCAAAGUGGCACGCAGAUACCGUACAUAAAAAAAUCGCACGAACUUGGAUAUGGCGUAUUAGUUUUGAACACUAACGACAACCAAAGAAUUGUCGCAGGAAAGCCGAAAAAAAUUCCUGGAAGUGAGGAUCCUUGCCGACAUCUUGAUACAGUUUGGAACGAUUACGUUCGGCCAUCCAAAGUCAAACACAUAGCAAUUGUAGCUCAUAGCUAUGGUGGAGUCUGCGUCAUGAAAUUCGUAAAUUUUUCACUUUUUCCUUCUAUCCCAAAAAAUCUUAUACUCCACACCAAUAGCAAUCGUAUCGUUACUGUUUUGCAGGCGAUGAAAAACGUGAAUGAAUUUACCAAAAGAAUAUUCGCCGUGGCUCUGACUGAUUCCGUGCACUCGUUACCAGCUAAAGGAACAGAUCACAUUGUAAAGGUUUCACGUAACUGGGUCGCAUCGAACAAUCCUCUUGAUACGCCGGAAUUGUCGCUCAGUGGAGACGUCGAUCGAGUUUCAAGUGGGCACAACACUCACGAGAUGUCGUCAUGGGCUUGUAUCGAGUCACUGUUUAAAUUUCUGGAAGACAGAUACAGGACUGUAUCAGCCAGGACUGAUUUGUAGUAUUAAAAAUGAAUAAUAACAAUAAUAAUUACAAUUACAGUGCUUUUUCAAAAUUAUGGUAAUGAAGUUUCAAUUAAGUGUAGCACAAGCUAUGUGUAUAUUGUACAAGCACACUUUUUCUUUCAAUGUGGCUGAUGGCGUUUUAUUUUAUUUUUGGUAAAAAAAUGAAUAAAAAAGCAAAUGAAAUAA